UGCCACCUAUCAAUGCCAAUCAGUGCCACCUAUCAGUGCUGCCGAUCAGUGCCACCUAUCAGUGCCAUUCAGUGCCGCCUAUCAGUGUGCAUCAGUGCCACCUAUCAGUGCCUGUCAGUGCCGCCUAUCAGUGCCAGUCAGUGCCGCCUAUCAGUGCCAUUGCCAUGUAUCAGUGCCAGGUAUCAGUGCUGCCUUUCAGUGCCCAUCAGUGAUGCCUGUCAGUGCCCAUCAGUUCCACCUACCAGUCCCUCCUCAUCAGUACCACCUAUCAGUGUCCAUCAGUGCAGCCUAUCAGUGCCCAUCACUGCAGCCUCAUUA